AUGUCUGCUACAUCCUCAAGUGGCGACGUGAAAAAAUUUCAAGUUUUACCAAAACCAACGAAUAAUGCAUCACCCCCACCAGCAUCGAGUGGGUUUAACGCAAGGACCUUAUGGCCGGAUUUGAUAGAGACACCAGAAAACCAGUGGGUAUUUGAGUGCAAAGAUAUCAUUGAAAAGAUAGGCACUAAUGAACCAAUAGCAUUGGAAAUGAAAAAAAAUAUGGAAAAAUGCUUAAUGUAUUUCUACACACUUAAAAAAAAAUUAAAUCUUUUUGAUCACACCUACACCGCAUCAUGCAUUCUAUUUUACAGAUAUUGGUUCAUAUAUGGAAUACCUACGACCAUAACCGAAUGCAUUCACAUAUCUCAGGGAAUUCUAGUCACAGCUUGCAAAACAAUGGAGAAUAACAGGCCCAUAGAAGCCUAUAUUAAGGCGACCUGUGAAUUUUUGGUGCAAAAUAUACCGUCUUUAAAGAGUCGAACAAACAUUGAUAAACUUAAAUGGGAGUUCAGAGAUAAGUUAGUGACGAAUGAAAAAAAAAUACUGUGUCUAUUUGGCUUCGACUUAAAUAUUAGUAACCCAAAGGAAUUGAUUGAAGAAGUAUUCAGUGGCUAUUAUAGAUUUAACAGGGAUCAUGAUCUGCCAGAAAACUUUAAGAAAGCUUUUCCAAAGAUUCUUCAAGAAUCAAGAAAUUUUAUGGUGCAGGCUGUCACCCAGCCCGUUUCUUUAUUGUGCGACGGUUACACGUUCAUUGUACUAUCCCUCAUAUAUUGUGGUUUAGAGUAUAAAAAGCUUGUCGACAAAGAUUUUAGAUAUCCAAAAAACUUCUUCAAGGAUAGGUUUCCUAUUGAAAUAACGCCGGAUAAUUUUGCCAAUAUUUUUACCGAUUACAAGUUAUUGGAAGAGAAUUUUUUUAACUUAAAAAGUAAUAAAGGUGCCAAAUUACAAAUUGAUUCAAGCAUGAUUCUUUCAGUGAUUGAGGAAGGUAGUGAUGUGGAAAAUGAAGUUUCAGAAAUCUCUGAUCCGUUUAAUUACGAGUUAAUCAAAUCUGGUGAAGUGAAAGAAGAAUUUUUAAAUCAUAUUGAAACAAGAGUUAAUGACUUACUAGAAAAGGCUAAACAGGAAAGUAUGAAGAGAAAGGCUAAAGAUCCUAUAAGGACCCCAGAUUCCAAAAAACCCAAAAUAUAA